GCGGACGAGGAUACAUCUCCUUUGCCUCUUCCAAACGCUGAUUCUACCAAUAACGUGCCCCCAUCACUUGAUCAAUGUAUUGGUCAUUUAGCGUCUGCCCAGGUUUCUGGCCCGUCAGAUCCCAGCAACUCUAGUUUGGCCAAAGUUAGUCCUGUCUCCUACGGAGACCCGGCAGGAUCCACAACUUGUGAUUCAUCUCCCAAUACCACAACAUCAUCUACCACAGUUGCUAUAUCUUUAUCCUUGUCUUCAUUCUCGUCUACUGUCAAUCCUCAUCCGUCAGACAGACACUGGGGCUCACACUAUCCCUGGACCGAUGACUGA